AACUCAGCAUUUGGACUAGGAUGUUAAAGUUCCUGAUUAGGCUCUCAGGUUCUUACAUAGCACUGAUACUGAAGUGUGUCUCGGAAGCAGACAAGGUUCCAGGUUGCCUUUUAUUAAUCAUGACACUAAUGUCCUACAUGACUUGGACUGUUCAGAUCCUUUACACAGUAGGUUAUUGGGAACCAUUCUAGCGAGGUGCUUUGAAGAUGUAAUCUCACCCAAUUCCUGGUCUGCAUCCAAAUGGAGUCUGUGCUUUUGAUGUGGUCAUAUCUAGAGCCUUCUCCCAAGAUCACGAAGACCCAGUUCGGUUACUACCCAAAGUUAUUGUCCUGUUUUCCUUUUUCAAUUCUGAGUUGGGGGGCGGGGGAGAGAGCAGAGGUUUAUAUGCUUUUAACAUUAUUACCUGCUACCUCCUGACCUAUGUUAAUAUGGCUCAUGGGGGAUCUGGAGGAAGACUUUGCCCCUCUACGCUGGAGGAUAUUUGUGGUGAUACCAAACAUGGGGCUAGAAGGAAUCUAAAAUCUCUGAAGCUGAAGAGUUAACAUAGAUCCUGCUAAUGCUUAUUUCUUGCAUUUCUACUCUGUCCCUAAUGAUUUGCCUUGCUGGAGGGAAAUGCCAACAUGAGGGGUUUUGGCAUUGAAAGAACAGGAUGAGAAACUUUUACGGAACAUAAAUUCAAGAUGACUCUUAGCCUACAGGUACUGUGCAAAGCCCCUAUCUUUCAGUACUCAUCUUGAGAUUAUUCAUGCCAUUUUCCUUUUUUGGUGUAAGUAGCUUACAAUAGCCUCUAGGCUAUAUUCUGAUUUCACGUAGUCCCUCUCAGUGCCAGUCAUGCUCUUGAGAAUGUCUGUCUGCAGAUUCCAUCUGAGGGACCCAAGACUGUGGUCUUUCAUGUGUACAAUCUCUUCCCUGCUUGAUAUUAGUACCUUCAGGGGCUAUGACCUAAUAUUUGAGGUGAGAGACUCACUGGUUGAUCUCUGAAUAGAGUAAAUUGAGGAAAGAGUGGGGUACUUCACUUUUAAAACAAACAAAAAAACUUAUCAACCGCAUAUUUGGUCUGAAAAUUAUGACUGCACACUCUAGAACACGGAGUAGUUUAUCAUUUUUAUUCUAACUUUUGUCCAUCUAAAACCUGUCCCUUUUUUGGCUUUGCUUUUCAAAUUUUAAUUUUAGUAGUAGAGAAUAUUUCUCUUUGAAUAAGUUAAAAUGAGAAUUAUUAUUGAAUUUGCACUAAAUUGAAAAUAUACAGAACAUUCUUAACACACUGAGAAGAUAAAGAAUGCCAUGUGCAUAUGCCUAACUGAUCAGGUGAUUUGGUACUUCACUGUUGCUAUUGGGCAGGUUACAUAAGUAGGUACCUGGAGCAGGGGAAGAAAUUGUACUUCCUAACUAGGAGUAGGCCUGGUUUCACCCACAUCUGUAGCCUCUUCUGUUGUUCCAAUACCAAAGAUGCCAGAUAGGUUGCAUUGAUCUGUUUUAUUAAUUUCCUUUGAUGAUUGGCUAGUUCUGCUAAGAAGUUAUUUAACAGUUGCUGAUAUAUGGGCCUAUUCCUCCAAACUGCCAGUAGGUGUCAUACCAGUUGCAGGAAAUAUUUGUUUGCAGGUGCGUGUUAGGUUCCUUCACUUUGCUGGAAAAAGUAAAUAUUAUACCUGUGACUUAGCCUUAGUAAAGUCAAAGUUCACUUCAUAAAUGAAGCAAAAACCAAGGGAAGCAGAAUGCUGAAAAAUGUCUUCAAGAAAUGUGAUAUGCUUUAAAAACAACCAACUUGCAGGGUUUUCAACGUGCCCCCCUGGAGUAUCUACUUGCAAUGUCUAUGUCUGUGCCCACAUUCCUUUUGCCACCCCAACCAGUCAUCUUAACUCUGCUGAACAUGCAAAUAAAAAGGUCCUGCCCACAAUUCAAACACAGCCCAGUCCUUUCAGAUAGUUGCAUCCUGGAGCACUGUGUUUACCUUUCUUGACUUGCCUCCAGAUCUGAGCUCUGCAAAUGCUACAGAGACGUUUUUUUUUUUUUUCCCCCCAUGCACAAAUUACAUACAUGAUCAAGUGUCAUCGUUCUAGGUUUUUUCCCUUACUUGUCUUGGAAACAACUUAAUCAGUUUUUGCACAACUUCUUCAAGUGAUGGAAGAUACCAGAGAGAUUCUGCAGCAGGAGGAUGGCUUCCAGCACAAUGAGAUGGAGGAUAAAGACGGGGGAGAAACAAGGUCUCCCAGGAGGAUCGUUUACUUUGCCAGUGGUGAAACCAUGGAAGAGUACAGUACAGAAGAAGAAGAAGAGGAGCAGCAGCAGCCACUUGACACAUCCAAACUCUCCUGGGGGCUCUAUCUGCGGCUGUGGGCAGUUCGAAUCGCAACAACUUCACUUUUUACUUGCGAAUUCCUCGGUGGGAAGCUUGCCACGCUCUUUGGACUCAAUGAACCUAAAUAUCAAUAUGCAAUAGAUGAAUACUACAGGACACAGAAGAAGGAAACUGAAGAUGAUGAAGAUGGUGAAAUGAUCUCUGAGACGAAUGAGGCAGAAUCUCUGAAUGAAAAACACCACCUUGAGGUACAGAGUGUAGAAUAUGGAUCUAUUAGACUCAAGGAUGCUAUGGAGUUUUCUCAAAGAAGCACUUUUGCAAACAUUAAUGAGGCUUCAAAACAUGACCUACAAAGUCCAAACUCCAUCUCAGCUGUUAAGAAAUGA